UUCACACAAUCUCUUCCCAUUCGGUAGUCGGCCCGCUCGUUUGCUUCUAAUCACUUUUUUGCAUUUCAUGUACGAAGGAUAGCCUGACUCGCUUGUUGCAGCCAUACCGGUUAGGUAACCCAAUCCACGUGUUACGACCCUGCAUACCACCUUGCAUAUCACUCUCUGUAUGUAUGUAUGUAUGUAUGUAUGUAUGAGUGUGUGUGUGUGUGUGUACUCUCUUGUAGCGUCUGGCUGGUGGCGUUGUAGCUGUACAUAAAACUCAUCCUUGUGGAUCAUUUCUUUUUCCUUUUGACGGCGAUGGGCCUUGUUGUGUAUGUUAUUAUGUUAUCAAUCACGCCAUAACAGCCAUAGAGCCGCAGCCAUAGCUGUUGCCGCCAGAUGAGAUUUUUGUGUAACGUCCGUGUUUUGCAUAUAUGCGUACAUGCACAACAAAAACCACGCAAAAAGCACCAUACGGGUGGCCUUUACGUGUCACCUGGCAAGGUAUUUCGGCCCAACAAGAGGAUCAAAUCUCGGCCCCCCUCCCCCCCGGUCAGAACAUCUGAAUAUCAUAGCAUCAGAACAAUAAACGCCCGGCUAUCGGGGGUUGGUUGCACUACAUGCUUCUUUCACCCCUUCAUUGUUCUCAUCAGCUUUUAUGUUCUGGGGUUGCACGAGCUGCAAGUCCACACCGGUGAUCGACGGUAUAUCCGAGAGGCUGUUUUCCGAAGGCCCUUUUCAUUGUUACUACACGACUAGGGAUCAAGCUCCGAUGUGUGACAAGGAAAUGUGUCCGAAAAAGUCGCAAACGUGAUAUGCUGCCUACCGGUGAAGAAGGCGAAGUAAUUUUCCCAGUUAAAGAUGGAAAUCAAAGCAAAGAUGCCAGGGGUCGUCGACGUAUUUUACCCGGAUUCCAUAUGUUUCUGAGGCUUGAGGAUAUUUAGCUAGCCGUUGGAUAGAUCUUGCUUCAUGGC